AUUUAUUAGCUACACCCCAGGAAGUGUUUUGCAAAUGGUGAAAACCAAGCCCUCUGCCUGAGGCCUGCUUUUUGCCUAGCCUGGAGCUACCACCUUUAGUCUGCCCAGAAACAAACAGAGCUCAGUCAGGAUCCUGCCUGUGUGCAUCAGACGGGACCUCCUGGUUUAGGGGUGUGGUACUUUCUCCAGCAGCUGCUGUUUAACCUCCCAUCAGUGGGGAUCUGUGUGUCAAGAUCCUGAUGCCAUCCUGUGGGUGGUUUCAUCGUGACCUGAGUGGGCUGGAAGCUGAAGCCUUACUGAAGGGACGAGGUGUCCAUGGGAGCUUCCUAGCCAGACCCAGUCGAAAGAAUCAAGGGGAUUUUUCCCUUUCUGUUAGGGUUGGUGAUCAGGUAACCCACAUCCGUAUCCAGAAUACUGGGGAUUUCUAUGACCUAUAUGGAGGAGAGAAGUUUGCCACACUUUCAGAACUGGUGGAGUACUACACGCAGCAGCAGGGCUCACUGCAAGACAAAGAUGGAACCAUCAUUGACUUGCGAUAUCCGCUCAACUGUUCUGAUCCCACUACAGAGAGGUGGUACCAUGGGCAUCUGUCAGGUGCUGCAGCUGAAUCACUUCUCCAAGCCAAGGCCACCCCAUGGACCUUCUUGGUGCGGGAGAGCCUCAGCAAACCUGGGGAUUUUGUCUUGUCUGUCCUGACUGAUCAACCUAAACCUGGGUCUGAUGCUCCACCAGCUGGAGCAACCAGUGCCUCUGGGGCCCGUCUCAAAGUCACCCACAUCAAAAUCAUGUGUGAGAAUGGACGUUAUACAGUGGGAGGUACUGAAAAGUUUGACAGCUUGGCUGAUCUUGUGGAGCAUUUCAAGAAGACUGGGAUUGAAGAGGUGUCUGGCUCUUUUGUAUACCUGAAGCAGCCCUACUAUGCUACAAGGGUGAAUGCUGCUGACAUUGAGAAUAGAGUGCAUGAACUGAAUAAGAAGAGUUUAUCUGAGGAAACAUCAAAGGCUGGAUUCUGGGAGGAAUUUGAUAGCCUGCAAAAACAGGAAGCCAAACAACUAUUUGACCGUCAUGAGGGCCAGAGACCUGAGAACAAGAGCAAGAAUCGAUACAAGAACAUCUUGCCUUUUGAUCACUCUAGAGUCAUCCUCCAAGGAAGGGACCCAAAUAUCCCUGGAUCUGACUAUAUCAAUGCCAACUAUGUAAAGAACAAUCUGAUCAGUCCGGAUGAGUGCCCUAAGACCUACAUCGCCAGCCAGGGUUGUCUGGAUACCACUGUCAAUGAUUUCUGGCAAAUGGUGUGGCAGGAGAAUACACACAUUAUUGUUAUGACCACACGGGAAGUAGAAAAAGGACGGAAUAAAUGUGUGCCCUACUGGCCAGAGGCAGGCAGCACAAAAGAAUAUGGUCCCUACCUUGUGGAGAAUGUUGGGGAGCAUGACGCAUUGGAAUACAAACUCCGGCAUCUCUGUGUGUGUCCAAUAAAUGAUAGUGAGGCUGUGCGUGAGAUCUGGCAGUACCAGUACCUGAGCUGGCCUGACCAUGGUGUCCCCAGUGAGCCAGGAGGAGUGCUGAGUUUCCUCGAUCAAAUAAACCAGAAGCAGGAGAGCAUUCCAGAUGCGGGGCCUAUUCUGGUGCAUUGCAGUGCUGGGAUUGGCCGCACUGGGACUAUCAUCGUCAUUGAUAUGAUAGUGGAAACAAUCUCCACCAAGGGGCUAGACUGUGACAUUGACAUCCAGAAGACCAUCCAGAUGGUGAGGGCCCAACGCUCAGGGAUGGUGCAGACAGAAGCCCAGUACAAGUUCAUCUACAUGGCCAUCUGCCAGUUCAUAGAGACAACAAAGAAAAAGCUGGAGGUUAUCCAGUCUCAGAAAAGCAAGCAAAGUGAGUCAGAGUAUGGGAACAUUGCCUACCCACCUGCAGUGAAGAAUUUGCAUGCCAAGGUCUCACGAAAAUCCUCCAAGCAGAAAGAGACAAUUUAUGAAAAUUUGGGUAAAAAGGAAGAGAAGGUACGGAAACAGAUGUCCUCGGAGAAGAAACUGAAAAGCUCGCUGAAGAAAAAAUAAGCACAGAUUGCAGGUAGCCCCAAGGGAGUUUCAACAUGGAGUGCACGAUGGGAGCUCACAUCCAUGCUGCCCAGUCUCACAUUUCUGUCUCUUGGACAGUAGACCUUCCCCAUUCCUUCCAUGCCAUCUUUCAGAACUCUGAACCAGGCUGCUUUCUAGCUAGCUGACCGACUUCAGCAUCCCUUGCCUGUACAUGCCUGUGACAACUCCCACUGCCCUUCAUCAUUAACAGGAAAAAUCACCUCUUCUUUCCCUUGAUCCUCGUGCACUGGCACUCAAACUCACUGCUGCUUCAGCAGUUCCUCUUUUUGAGGAGUUAAGGAAGAGCUUUACAGGAAAUACAUCUCUAUCUGCCCCUUUGAGUUUAGCCUGUUUAGCAUUCCCUGAGAAAUCAUCUUUUAAAAUCUGGCAUUUCUGGCCUGUUUCAGCUUAGCUCCUCUGUAGUUCAACAGGAAACUUCCCCUUUUCUCUCUCCUGUCCCUCUACACAAUAAUCUUUUCUUUUCCAUCCUACAAUUGAAUGAUGUAAAUAUGCCAGACUUUGGUGUGACGGUCAUUUUAUCUUCUGUUUGUAAAUAAAGGUGUACUUGUUUGAAUGCUGA